AUGGACUUCGCCACAAGAGUAUACCGCGUGCGCAAGACGUGCCUGGAGAUGUUGGGAGACAGGGGCUACCUCGUCCCUCAGGACGAACUGACAGCAACAUUGGAGGCUUUCAAAAUGAAAUAUGGUGAGCAGCCCCGAAAGGAGGAGCUCACUUUGCUCAUCCCUAAAAUGGAGAAUCACCGGGAGAACAUAUUUGUCUUCUUCCCUGAAGAAGAGAAAGUUGGGGUCACAGCUAUCAAGACGAUCGCCGAUCGGAUGAAAGCUGAGAACGUGGGUCGAGCGCUGAUGGUAAUUGCCAGCAAGCUCACGCCCUUUGCCAAGGCCACCCUACAACAGAUGGAAUCCAAGUACAAGAUAGAGAUAUUUCUUGAGCAGGAGCUGCUUGUGAACAUCACAAAGCAUGUCUUGGUGCCUGAGCAUCGAGUGCUGAAAGACAACGAGAAAAAAACACUGCUUGCACAAUACAAGGUCAAGGAAUCUCAGCUGCCACGAAUACAGCUCAACGACCCUGUGGCAAGGUACUAUGGGAUGGUGAGGGGGCAAGUGGUGCGAAUUGUGCGAGCCAGUGAGACGGCAGGGAGGUACGUCACCUAUCGUAUAGCAUGCUGA